AAACCCGAACGAUAUUUAAGGAACUCCAAUCUCUGUUCAAUCCUCACCCAAAGGCCAAAAUGUUGCAGGCUAUGGGACUGCCCUCUUUCAGCACCGUUUGUUCAGUGUCACGCGGAUUAAAGCUGAGAGCAAAGAAGAAACCUGAGUCAAAGCGAAGCCCGAGCAGUGUCGGCUUCAGCAGCCGUAGGAACGAGCCGUUGUGGCGGUGCGUUGAGGGCUGUGGUGCCUGCUGCAAGUUGGAAAAGGGUCCGUCCUUUGUCACCCCUGAAGAAAUCCUCAGCGACCCGGGCAACAUUGAGCUCUACAGAAGCUUAACAGGUCCAGAUGGAUGGUGUAUACACUUUGACAAAGGCACGCGAACAUGCUCCAUUUACAACGAUCGUCCUUACUUUUGUCGUGUAGAGCCGGAUGUAUUUGAAUCAUUAUAUGGAGUUAGCAAGAAGAAGUUUAACAAAGAAGCCUGCAGUUUCUGUAGGGACACCAUCAAGGAAAUUUAUGGUUCCAAUUCGAAGGAGUUUGAUAACUUUAAUUGUUCAAUAAGGAGCUCUGGUUUUAGCUAGAUCGCAGUUCCUGCUCAAAAUGCUAAAGGUUAUGGAAGUUGCCUGUUGCACAAUUUGAUACGAACAUUGGUUCUGAGAUCGAUGAACUUUUUUGGAUUCUCCAUUAGUUGAAGUGUCCAAGGUAGAGGAUCUGAUGAUGGUGAUAAUGGUAUGCAUGGUUUAUACUUCAAUCAAUAGAGGGAUGGUUGGUUUACUGCAGUUGUUAUUACUUGUGAGUCUCUUUUGAUUAUGAGUUGUGGAAGGUUUCAUGUGGUUGCUUCUUCAAUGGCUAUCUUUGCUGUUGUUGCCUCACCGAAGUUUGGGCUUAAGCUGUUCACAGAGCUGCCUGAUCUAUAAACUUCAACUGUAGUGUUGCUUGUAAUUGUAACUGCAACAUCAUAAGAAACUGGGUAGAAAUCCCUUGGAGGGGAUUUACAGAUAGGCUGAUUGGUUAAUUGUUUCAACUCCCAAGAGUGACAAAGGUCUCCAUGUCAUCUCUGGAAAGUGGCUACAAAAGUGUGUAGAGACGAGGGGUUAGUGUUUGUGUACCACUUUUUGUUUUGUUUUUGUGUGUACCACCUGAUUUCUCAAGAACCACAUACACUCUUUAGCUAAGAAGGCAAAAAUUCUGAAAGUGAUGACAUUCAUCUUUUCCGAUGUUAAUAUAGAAGCAAGUUCCAAGAUGAUUUUCAUCCAA